ACGGUCGGUUCUACGGAGGCUCAGGAAACACAUCCGCGUCGUCGUCGCCCACCGAUUCAGCACAAUACUCCAGUGGCGAUGAACAGCUGCGACGCAGCCAAGGCCGCAGUUCGUAACGGCAUGGAGGCGGGGCCAGCGGUGGCACAUUAGCAUAUAAUCUGGGUUAUGGUUUCAAGGACAGGAGAAUUUGAUGGGUUUCGACUUCACUGCUACAAUAUUUUAUAUAUCCUUAUCGGGCGAGCAUGUUUGGGAGAAAUUGGUUAUUGUUUUUUUGUUUUGUUUUUUUUUUUUUCUUUUCUUUCUUUCUUCUUCUUUUCUCUUUCUUUACCUUUCUGUUGGUUUGCACCGGCCAUCGUGUUCCCACACUCACGCGUACCUCGUCGUAUAGGAGGGUCAAGCAGAUGUCGGUGCACAGCCUUUGUUGCUCGGGUUCUUUUCGCGCUGGGUAGCGUCGAUGACCGAGUUGAGCGUGCAUGCCACGAUCUCACGAGUCUAGUGGGUGAAGGGGUGUUUUAUCAUUCUGCUGUGGCGUAAAAUGUUUCAUUAUGAUAUUCUGAUAGUCAAGAAGUGGAUUAUUCCAUGAGCGGGUUGUUUCCUUGAACGUUUCGAGUGUUCUGUGGAGAUGAAUUGAGAGUGAGGAAGAAGAUGCUGUGGGCUGGCUGCUGUGUUUGUCUUAGGGUAACGGACUGAGGAGUCGCCCCUCCCCUCG